UCUAUGGAUGUUUUGCUGUCCAGAUUAAGUUCAACCGGAGGCAGGCAUAUAUUCGAGAGUUGCUUGAUAUUGUCGGAACAAUUAUGGAGGAAUAUACACGUGAGCCGUGCCCCUUUCGCAUCGUCGAGGAUUGUGGCGGCGCCUUCACCAUGGGCGCUGUGGGCGGCGCCAUAUUUCAGGCCAUCAAAGGAUUUCGCAAUGCGCCCUGUGGUCUGCACCGUCGUCUCGCCGGCGCCUUAGGCGCCAUGCGUUCCCGUUCGGCUCUAGUGGGUGGCAGCUUUGCCGUGUGGGGCGGCACAUUCAGUGCCAUCGACUGCAGCCUGGUCUAUGCGCGCGGCAAGGAGGAUCCAUGGAAUUCUAUAAUAAGCGGCGCAGCGACUGGCGGCGUUUUAGCCGCGCGUGGCGGCCUUACCGCCAUGCUGAGCAGCGCCUUGGUGGGCGGGGUGCUGUUGGCUUUGAUCGAGGGCGCUGGCAUUGCCAUGUCGCACUAUACGGCCGAUAACUAUCGCCAGAUAUCGGUGCUGGAGCGCAUGCAGCAUUACAAUGAACGCCAACUGCGUCAGCAGCAACAGCAGCAGCAGCAGCUAUCCAGCUUCUAUGCGGAUCCAAACGAGGGCAACUCAUUGCCGGCUUAGAAAAUCCGCUUCAUCAUCGAUCUAUAGGCGGCACGUCCAUCGAAUAUAAAUGUUGAAAAUCAGAUUUUGUGUCUUGUGAAGUCAUUGGAGGGGGCCUACGGGCGGCGGCGUCUGGCAAAUGCCUCGAAAUUGAAUUCAAACACAAUUGCAAACACAUUCAAUUUCA